UGUCAAAGUCAAAUAAUAUUUUGACAAAUGUGUGAAAUAAUUAAAAUUUGUUUAUAAUUCUUAAAUGAUUAUUUAUAUUGGCUGUAAUGUAAGUGUUUACAAUGGCGUUAUAUCCGAACGCUAUACGUCAAACAUUACGGGAAUGGGCACCUUUAACUGAAUUGUUCGCUAAAUUACCAACAAAACACCAAAAUGGCAUAUUUUACCAAGAAAUUAAACUAACUUGUGUUGAUGUUUUACCUGAAUUUAUAGCACUGGGAACGAAUUCGGGAAUUGUUUACUGGUUCGAUAGAAAUAAAAAGGAUAUGCAGAGACUGAGAUGUGAAAACAACAUUUCCAUCACUGCCUUAAAAAUUAUCUCCACGGUAGACUACAUGGUAGCUUGUGGCAAUGCAGCAGGCAAUAUCAACAUCUUCCAGAUUCCCAAGUCAUAUCCCGAUAAUUUACCGGACAGUUUGAAACCCAAAAACAAACAAGUAGAAAGGUAUACUGUAGCUGGCUUGCAUAAGGCUUCGAUAAGUGCAAUCGAUUGGUCAAAGAAUGGAAUGAAAUUGUUUUCAGGUGAUAAAAACGGCGGCGUGGUACUCACGGAGAUAGAUUUUUAUAUGCACAUAUGUAAAUCGGUAGAAAUAUUAAAUGAAGCCUACGAAGUAGUUCAAUUAAGUUAUAAUCAACAGCGACUCCUUGUAUCGACCACUUAUAGAAGCAUCAUAUGCCAAAAAUUAGACAAAUGGAAGGUGGCUCAGGUGGGGACAAAAGAUCGGAAAGUGCUAGGCAGUUUUGGAGGUAUCAUAUAUCAACAUAGUGAAAAACCUUCCGACACAUGUUUGUAUUGUACUAGGCCUGGAUUAAGAAUGUGGAUAUCAGAUGUUGAUGGAAAUGUUCAAAAAACGUUAUUAUUUAAGGAACUGCUAACAAAGGAAUGCCCAGAAGUGCCGCUCAUAAAUCCAAUAUCAUUAAACCUAAAACGAUUAAAGCCACAGAAGGAAUCUUCUUUUGGAGUCCUGCUACCAUUCAAUGAAAAACUUUUAGUUACUCACAACAACGACAUUGUAUACAUAUUAGAUCCCAAAGAAAUGACCAUUAUAGCUACAGUUAGUCAUUUAAGAGGCGUUCUACAUGUUGCCACGCACAGAGAUGAAAUUUUCAUUUUAGAAGAAGAUAGGAGCCUAGUUAGGAUAUCAUUUAGGCCGGAAACGAUGGGAAGUGUAGGCUCCACCACUACGGACUCAUUUUUACCUCUAAAUUCCUUAAAAGACCUCACUUCGAAACUACAGUCCAGUAGCAUCAUCCCAGCUAUACCCCCAAUCGUAGAAAACAUCUUUAACCAUGACAUGAACAUACACACCGACGAAACGAUAAUAAUGAAUGCCGAAGAAGCCCUAGAGUCUCCCGCACGAACUAGCAACAUCACCCACGACGUCCAAAAGAAGUUCGAAGAAAUAGGAAAAAAGGAGUUUGAACAUAACAUUUUAUUUAAGAAAAGUAGAUAUAAGAAAAAAAGAAAAUCUUUGGACACCAGUACGAAUAGUUUAAGCUCAAAUAGUUCCGAAGAGAGAGAAUCGAAUAUUAUCAAACCCACCAUAAUGAACCUUAGUUCUGUAGGUGUGCUACCUGAUCUACGUAGUCCAGAGUCUAUCAAAUCCGACAUAGAGUAUAAAGAAAAAUUAUUAGCCGACAUUUUAAGUUUAGACAAAGUUAAAAUAUCGAAUAUAGAAGAUAAUUUAGAAUCGAAUAAUUCUGAAAGCGAAUGUGAUGAUAGAGUGAUUAGUUAUGAAAAAGAAGAAGAUGAUAUUCCGAAAUUUGAUUGUGAUAAACUGAAAUUAUUUGAAAAUUUAGAACCUUUAAGAGUUAACUACAAUCCACCGUUGUCGACACUGCUACCUAAACGUCAAACGUCAACACACAAUAUCAUAGAUAAAAAAAUCGAUCAUAUCAAAGAACACGCUUCCAAUAUGCCAACGCACAAAUCUGCAACGACUCCGAAGAUUCCAGAUGCACCAGCUUGUAUGAACAUCCCGAAUACGUGGGGCCUGACCAACAUACAUUUGAGAGAACGAAGCAUCAGUGUUAAAUCGGAUGAAUCACUGAGUGAUUGGGAAUUUGUCUAAGAUUAAAUGUUAUUUGUUAUUUUAUUGUGAUUUUUACAACGUAUUUAUUUUUAAAUAAUUUAGUCCAUUCGCUCACGGUAAAAUAUUGCAAAACCUCCAAAUUUUAAACAACCGCUUGGAUUAACAUGAAAUUUGGCACACACUUUACUAACAUCUCAAAAAAGUGAUAUUGUACCGAUGUGUGCUUUUACCUGAGGGUGACUUUCACCCCUUCUCGUGGGGUGAAAAACAUAUUAUGUUCAAAAUAAGCCCGGAAAUGGAUAAACUGACCAAUUCUAAGCAACUUUUGUUCUACAUCGGUUUUUUAUUAAGUUAAUACUUUUCGAGUUAUUUGCGAGUGAAUGUGUUCAUUUUUAAACAAAGAAACUACGUUGUUAGACGGGUUUUCGCAAAUAACUCAAAAAGUAUUUUAUCAAAAAAACAUUCUUACCAAAAAUAAAACUGAUAAAAAAGUGAAAAAAAUCUUUGUAUAAGAUCAUAGACCCAGUACAAGCAGAGUUGUAGCCAAUGAAAAAUAGAUUCAUAUUCGUCAAAUUCCAAAUCGAAUAUUUCAACUCGAAAUAACUAAAAAAAAUGAAGCAUAUGUUGGGGAAAAUUCAUUACAACUUCUUUAAAGUGCUGAAAAAAAGUAAGCAAGUUAUGCUUAAAAUAAAGGCGGUCCAAUUUUUUGGUACAAAAAUCGUGAAAAUAACUCCGUAAUUAGCAUCCCAAAUAAAAUUCAUCGUUACCACAUGUAUUGUUUAUAAUGAUCUGUAAGUUUCAUCGAUUUAAAGUGCUUAUUUUUGACAGGACUAUAAUUGAAAGGUAUUGAACGAGUCACUAAUCACGAGUGUACGCAAAUUUUGAACAGCCAUAUCUUAACCAAUGUUUGUCUUACAAAAAAACAAAAAAUCCAAAAUAUUCAGAAAAGCAAAAACUACAUUUUUUUACUCGUUAAUUUUUGGAUAUCACUAAUAAAUUUGAAUUUAUUUAAAAAAAGCAUAGAAUAGAGAAAUAGAAAUAGAAAUAUGUUUUAUUGUCACUGAAAAUUUUACAAUUUUGUGGACAAAGCUUACAUACAGUCAAAAAAUAUCAGUAAACAAAUAACAAAUACAAUUUACUAGAAUUAGAUAAAUCGUCAAAUAUCAGUAUACAGGAGACUCCCUCUAUAACGAGAACUGAAAUUGCGGACUAAUUACCUCGUUAUAAGCGGAUUUCGUUAUAUCAGACAACAAUAAUAUUGUGCAUACCACCACUACUAAAAUGUUUUAAUGCCUCUUACAUAGUUUAUUAGGUGUCGAUGGUCGACUUCAACAAUGAAACGUAGCCAUCGUAAAUUGUAAAAUUCAAUAUUGGCCGAUAGAUAAAUAGACAGGAAGUUUAUUACAAUUUAUUACAGCAGUGGCCUCGGUAAGCCCAAAGCUGUUGGGCGUUACUUCAUACAUGCAGUUAGGGUAUUUAUUUAUAGCCAUCACCACGCCAAAAACAGGUAACGAAACAUAUUCUUCGAUUUCAUUUUUCCUCGUUAUAACCAAAUAUGCCUCGUUAUAGAGGUGGUUUAGAUCAAUAGGAAUUUCAUGGGACAUCUAGUGUACCUCGUUAUAAGCGAAACCGCGUAAUACCCGUGUUCGUUAUAGAGAGAGUCUACUGUAUAAGAGUAUUAAAGUAAAGCAAAAACAAAAUAUUGCAAAAUUUAUAUAAAUUGCAAAUUGAACAUCAACAAAUAAAAUCAACAUUAGGAACUAAUAAGUUUUAGCUGCCGCGUAUGAAACUCAAUUUUCUUAGUUAUUCAUUAAGAAAUUCUUCUAUUGAAUAUGGUCUUUUAGAUAGAUAGGCUUUUGUCAUUUUACGGAACUUUGGGAAAGAUGUUGCAGAUUUAAGUUGUAAUGGGAGAUGGCUGUAAAGUUUUUUUGCUGAUAUAAUAUAUAUUUCUUUGCUAACUCAGUGGACGAGAUCGGUAAAUAAAUAUCAAAGGUUGAAUUUCUGGUGGAGUAGAGAUGAUUAAGCCUUGCUGGAAAGACAUGAAGGUGUUUACGAAUUAAACAAGCCGUUUCUAGAAUAUAUAAAGAUGGAAGUGUUAAAAUUCCGUAAUCUCUGAAGUAACUUCUGCAAUGUGUAGUUCUUCUGAGGCCAAACAGAUAUCUUAUUGCUCUUUUUUGCAAUUUAAAAGUAACAUCCGAUUGAGCAGCUGUACUAGAACCCCAAAAAGGAAGAACAUAUCGAAGAUGAGACUCGAACAACGAAAAAUAUGAUAUUUUAGAAGAUGCUAAAUUGAUUUCCCUUGAAACAGAUCUUAUUGCAUAGCAAGCUGAGGAGAGUUUCUUACUUAACGAAUCGAUAUGAAGGGACCAUUUGAGGUUGCUGUCUAAAAAAAUACCAAAUUUUACCAUUAUACCAAAAUUUAAAAAAAAAAUUAUUUUAAAACCAAGUUUUUUUUCAAAAAUAAGCACUUUGAACCGAUGAAUCUUAUAGAUCAUUUUAUAAUAAUAGGUACAUAAGUAAAGCAAAUUGUGAAGCGGUAACGAUUAAUUUCAUUUGAGAUGCUAAUAAUUAGGAGGUGACUUUCUCGAUUUUUUUUUUCAAAAAAAGGGGGUCAACAUUAUUUUAAGAGUAACAUCCUUAUUUUUGAGUCUAGAAACUUUUUUAAAAAACAAAAAUAAAGCUUUUUUAAACACUUUAAAAUAGUUGUAAUAAGGUUCUCUGCCUAUAGUGCGUUUAGACACCUCGUACAUACGUUUUUUUUUUCGAUAAAAUACUUACUUUUUGAAUUGUUUGCGAAAAACAGUCUAAAAACGUGGUUUUUCGUUAAAAAAUGAACAAGUUCACUCGCAAAUAACUCGAAAAGUAUUGACUUGGUGAAAAAACGCUAUACAACAAAGUUGCUUAGAAUUGGUCAGUUAAUCCAUUAAUACGGACUUAUUUUGAACGUAUAUUUUUUCACUUCCGAGAAGGGAUGAAACUCAUCCCCAGGGCAAAAGCACACAUCGGCACAAUAUUACCUUUUUUGGUAUGUUAGCAAUGUGUAUACAAAAUUACAUAUCAAUCCAAGUGGUUCUUUAAAAUUUGGAGGAAAAACCGUGAUUAAAUGGACUAAUGAUAAGUAUAUUUUUAUUUGCAUUGUUUAAAUAUUUUCUUUACAUUUAUUUUACAAUGAAUAAAGUUUUAUUUGAAAAA